UAAGGGCUACGAUAAAAAGAUUUAUAUAUUUUUUAACUGUGAAACAAUAGUUUAAAUUCAGAAAAGUAUUUUCGGGAUUGCAAUUUUACGAGUUUAAUACCAAGCUUUUGUUAAGUUUCACCGAAUCACGAUUUUAUUUUCCCUUUUUUCUUUAAUUUAUUAUUUUAUUUCGGGGAAUUAUUCUUAUCUCGUAUUCUGAUUUUAAAUAUUUUCAAAUAUUUUCUCAUUUAUUGAGCUCUUUUUGUUUAUUUCAUUCUUUUCUUUGAAAAGAUCCAUCGAUCCUUCAGCCCCGAUGAAGUUCCUACAAUCACCGUCCUAAAUCGUAGAGUGCGCCACAAAAUGGCUGCCAAAGUUGGGGUUUUAAGCUGUGUCGGUAUUAUAGAACAUGUAACACAAAUUCUCAUGAGAUGGUAGUUCUAUUCUAUACCUUGUCUAUGAUAUGUAUAGAUCAUUCACACCAAUUUACACAUGUUAAAGUAAAGUGGGGAAAAGAACUCUUUCCCAAUGUAGAAGUUAAUACAGAUGAAGAACCAAUGUUGUUCAAAGCACAACUUUUUGCACUGACAGGAGUGCAACCAGAAAGGCAAAAAGUUAUGUUAAAAGGAAUGACAUUAAAGGAUGAUGAUUGGGGAAACAUUAAGUUAAAAGAUGGCAUCACUGUAUUAAUGAUGGGUUCCAAAGAAGAGGAUGUACCAGUAGAACCUACUGAAAAGCCAUUAUUUUUGGAAGAUAUGAAUGAAUCUGAAUUAGCCACUGCUUUAGAUUUACCAGCUGGUUUGACAAAUUUAGGAAAUACUUGUUAUCUUAAUGCAACUGUGCAAUGCCUAAAAACUGUCCCUGAGUUGCGGGAUGCUCUAAAGAACUUUUCAGGAGGGCUUGCAGCUUCUGUUAGUUCAUCGCUUGUACCUGCGCAAAGUAUAACUGCUGCAUUAAGAGAUCUUUACAAUAGCAUGGAUAAAGGCUCAUCUUUGCCACCUGUUGUUCUUCUCCAAAUGAUGCAUUCAGCAUUUCCAAGAUUUGCUGAGAAAUCUGAACAUGGUAGAUUUCAACAGCAAGAUGCUAACGAGUGUUGGACUGAGCUCAUUAGGAUGUUGCAACAAAAAUUACCAGCAAAGGAAAAUCCAGUUACUUCAGAAGAUAAUGGACAGACUUAUAAACCUCGAUCAUUAAUUGAACAAUAUUUUGGAGGAACAUUUGAUACAGAAUUAAAAUGUAUAGAAUGUGAAGAUGAGCCACCUACUAAAGGGAAGGAAGAAUUUUUACAAUUGAGUUGUUUCAUUUCAACAGAAGUUAAAUACAUGCAUUCUGGACUUAGGAAUAAAAUGCAAGAACAACUUACUAAAAUGUCACCGACUCUAGGUAGAGAUGCAAUGUAUACAAAAACGUCGAAAAUUAGCAGAUUGCCGGCAUAUUUAACAAUUCAAUUUGUACGUUUUUAUUAUAAAGAAAAAGAAGCGAUUAAUGCGAAAAUUCUCAAAGAUGUGAAAUUUCCUCUUGAAUUUGAUGCUUUUGAAUUGUGUGGCAGUGAACUUCAAAGUAAACUUACUCCAAUGCGCGAGAAGUUUAAGGUAUAUGAAGAUAGUUUACUGGAAGAAUCACACUCUAUGAAAGAUAAAAAGGACAAGGUAGACAAUGAUAAGAAGAAAUAUAAACAAGAAGCUUUUUGGUUUGCAAAUGAUAUAGGGUCAAAUAACAGUGGUUAUUAUACAUUACAAGCGGUACUAACACAUAGAGGACGAUCAAGCAGCAGCGGUCAUUAUGUUGCUUGGGUUCGUCAAAAAAGUGAUACUUGGUUAAAGUGUGAUGAUGAAACUGUUAGCGCUGUUACUAGUGAGGAAGUAUUAAAACUUAGCGGUGGUGGUGACUGGCAUUGCGCAUACGUUCUUUUAUAUGGUCCAAAAAUUUUAGAAGUACCUGAUACAGAUAACAAUGAGGAUUCAGUUACCAAGUAACUCGAAUUUUAAAGACUAAAGUAACUGAAACAAAAUUUCUACUCUGCAUCUAUUAGAAAAAAUGCAUUUCCUUUUUUUUUAUACAGUUGAACAUCCUAAUAUAAUUUUAAUGUUAUAAUAUUAUACUAUUUGCAAAAUUGGUGGCAGUUAUUUACUACCUACCGAAUCAUAAAGAUGUCGUACAUUACAUACAUAAUUCUGCAUGAUAUGCAAUUGCCAGAACUAUGCAUUCAUUGAUUCUAUACGCUUAAACAAAAAAAACAAAAAUGGUAAUAAUGAGUCUGUAGAAAUACAAAUGAAUAAUUAUUGUAAACCAUUAAAAUGUUUUUUUUUUUUAUAAUAAUACAA